UAUAUAGGUACGUUUCCUUAUUAAUCUCCAUCUAUGAUUGUUGGGUAAUUAGCAUACUAGGUAGUGAAGUUAUAAAAGUUCGAGAACCCCGUUGUCUGUCUAGCAGAGCUUGAAUAAAGAGCUCAAGUCGAGUAAGAGACUAAAGAAGUAAAAAUAUCUUUAACAGUUAAUAAAUAGAACUAAACCACUUUGUUUGGGCAUUGUCGAGAAUUCGCAGCUCGAGACAACAAAGGAUACUCUGAUGAUAUAAUGUGAUCUCUCAUAUGAGCUUUGGAGUUCGAAGUUUGAACACUUACAUACAAACAAAUCCUUGCAACAAUGAGCUCCCCAUCGAACAGAGAAACCCGCGGUGCCCAGUACACCAACGUGAGUAGAAUGGCGGGGGACCGAUACCCCCCUAUCUCUAGCCUACCUGCCUACCUACCCAAAGAGCUAGCUUCUUUCUUCACCGAACGCCGAUUACUAACCUCCCGUCUUUGUAGUGGCUGAACAAGACCAAAAACGCAAUCUACCCGCAGAUGGACGACCCGGAAGAGACAAAGAACGAGAUCCGGGGCAUCUACAAGCAGAAGCUUCCACACCUGGAGGCAGCAUCCGGGGAGCUAGCGCCGAUAUUUGGGCUCGGGGAUGGCCAGCUAGCCACGCAGCGGGCCCAGGGGCUGUUCAAGCACCCGGCCUUUCUUGGCGCCUUCGUCGAGUUCGCAGACAACUACCUCGACACGAGCUGGGACCUGCCCGUGGGGGAGUGGGCGGCUGUCCGUGGGCUGGUUGGUGCGAAAAGCAGUGACAGCAUUGCCAGCUGGGCCGAAGAUGCAGGGCCGGAUCGGAAAGAGUGGGAAGUCAACCACUUCUACGCCCGCUUUAUCGUCCGGACUUUGCACGGGAUUAGAGAGCCCGCUCAGGGCAAGACGCAUUUGGUAUACUGGCUCGAAGACGCGGAAGAGGAUCAGGCAUACUGGGUGCUCUUUCAUGCGCUCAUGUAUUUGCAGCUUGAGACGAUGCGGGAUUAUAAGAAGAAGGCGCCUGUAAAGGAUCGCUUUAGCCACUUUAUCGAUAUGUGGAAGAAGACGCCGUUGGUCUAGGAGGUGAAGUUGUUUGAAUAUUACCUAGUACAUCAUGUAUAAGGUAUAUAGGGGGUACCUUAGGUUAGGUAAGUUCAAUGUUGAACAUUGUGGAAGUGUGGCCAAGAUAGAUAGACAGGCGCCAAAAUAGUUAGAUAAACCAAUAAUGAUAACCUUAUUCUUUCAUCUGAACCUCUCAAGUUCUGACCAAGGUUACUAUGUAGUUACAACUUACCCUACCCUAACUAGGGAGGUACAAGGUUAGAACUUAGAUGGAGUACCAAAAAUCAAAUAAGC